CUACUCCACAUGUACUAUCCACUUCACCCGUCAUCAAACUCGUGCCAAAGAAAAGGGGGACCCACUUCCACCUCCCAACCAUCCCACUCCUCACCACAGACACCCUCACCAAUGCAAAAACUUACCACACCCAAUGCAGCCCCUCCCCGCCCUCAUCACCCUCCACCACCCCCCCACCUACUCCCCCUCCCCCGAAGACAUCUUCUCCACGACCCUGGGCUCCCUCUUCCCGGACGACCUGCAGAACCAGCACGGCGACGCCGACGCCGACGCCGUCAUCGUGUAUGCCAGCCGGAGAUUGGGAGAUCUCGAGUUCAGGACGGCGGAUGUCCAUGGGGAGGAGCAGAGGACCAAGUUUGCGCAUUAUUUGUGGAAUGCGGGGGUUUUGAUGGCGGAAUUGGUUGCGGGGAGGGAAGGAGAUGGGGAUGAUGGGGAGUGGUGGUUGAGUAGGGAGGAGGAGGGCAAGUGGGAUGUGCAGGGUGAGAAGGUGUUGGAGUUGGGGGCAGGCGUAGGUUUGGCCGGGAUUGCGGCUGCAUUGUCUGGUGCUCACGCUGUGGCCAUCUCCGACUACCCUGCACCCCCGAUCCUCGACGCGAUCAAAACCAACGUCACCAAGAAUAUCCCCAAUAACAUCAAACCCUCAGUUACCAUCGAAGGGCACAAAUGGGGAGACCUCUCGACCCCUUUCGCCCAGCAACACGCACACAGCUUCACCCGGAUCCUCGCUGCCGACUGCUACUGGAUGCCGCACGAGCACGAUAACCUCGCCCGCUCCAUGACGCACUUCCUCUCCGAGUCGCCCGAGGCGCGAGUACUAUGUAUAGGUGGUUUUCACACUGGCCGUGCGAAGAUUGCGGGGUUCUUCGAGGAAGCGGUGCCGGAAGCGGGAUUGGAAGUCGAGGAGAUAUUCGAGAUGGAUGCUACGGGUCAGCGGCGGGAGUGGAGACCGGUGCGGGAUGGCGGGAGGGAGGAUAUCGGCGAGCGGAAGAAGUGGCUGGUGCUUGCCAGACUGCGCCGUGCGAAGAAGCAGUAGUCGACUUGACGUACUUCGAGCGUUGGAGCG